AUGCAAGAGGGAACUCGCAAGGGCCCCUGGAUGAAAGAUGAAGAUAUGCUCCUAGUAAAAUUCGUCACUCUUUUGGGGGAGCGGAGAUGGGACUACUUGGCAGUUGCUUCAGGACUGAAGAGGAGUGGGAAAAGCUGCAGAAUGAGGUGGAUGAACUAUCUGAGACCGGAUCUGAAAAGGGGUAGAAUGAGUUUAGAAGAAGAAGAGAUAAUCCUUCAACUUCAUGCUUGCUGGGGUAACAAGUGGUCUAGAAUCGCUCGCCAGUUGCCGGGAAGAACCGAUAAUGAGAUCAAGAACUAUUGGAGAACCCAUCUAAGAAAAAAAUCUCAAGAAGAUAUCAUGCAAAGAGACUUGGAAGCUGCGACCGGACUAAAACAUUCACACAAAGUAAAUGAUAUCAUAUUCAAAAGUGCCACAGAAGAUCAUAGAUUAGUUGAGGUUGACGAUGUAUGUCAAUCGUCAGAGGACAACAUCAAUGUCUUCCUUCAACUAGGAUUGCAGAUUAACGAUGACCCAUUUGCGGUUUCACCAUAUGAGGCCCGAUUGUCGGAUUGGGCGUCUGGAAUGGUGGACGAUGGUGAUUCUUCGGGCAAUCAGAAUGGCUGCAGCAUCGCUGAUUCUGGGUUUAGUUUCCCUGCAUGGGUGCCUAGUAAUGUGGAUACAGCAUGGGAAUAUUGUCUAGGUUCUCUUUGGGAAGCAGAACAGCACUGA